AUGACAGAUAAGUACACUUUCUAUGCUAAUGAAUCUCCCGUGGAUAAGAAAAAUCGGGUAGAAGGUCUUGGAUUACAAAAGUUACAUGAUAAAUUACAACAAGUAAAUAAUCAAAAUUCACAACUCCAAUCUAUUAAAAGACAAGCAACAUCUCAAACACAGAAUGGUAGUGAAAACGAUGAUUCAUUAGUUUAUAUUGAUGAUGAGUUAAAUAAUCCAUUUACUACAGUGAAUAAGCGACAAAAUAAUCAAAAACGUAAAAUUCAACGUGGAGAUCAAUACGAUUUUAAUACUAAUAACUAUAACUAUAAGUAUGAUGAUGCAUAUAAUACUGACAAACAACGUAAAACAAAUAAUUAUCGAAUUUAUACGAGAAGAAAGAAAAUAAAUGAAAAUACUGUUGAAACAACAAAUACUGUUAAAAAUGAUUUAUGUAAUUAUAUGGCAAGUUUUGAUAAGAAGACGAACACCCGUUCUUAUUCUGUGAAUAAUGAAGCUUCAUCUUACGCUGUUGAUAUGCAUCUUACACCUUUACGAAUUAAAUGUGACCCCAGCUUAUCUGAUCGAAAUACAACUUUAAAAUUUGUAAAAGAAUUUUUUAAACGAAUAGAAAAUUCUUUUAGAAGCAUUUGUACUGAUCAUAAAAAAACACUUGGAUUUGAAUAUUGGUGGAUUGAUAGUGGAGGUGAUCUUAUGGGGAUUACAAAUGAUAUAUCAUUAUAUGUGUAUUUGUGUAAUGUGAGACACUAUCCUCAACAAAUAGAUUCAGUACGCAUUACACCUUUAUUCAAGGGGGAAAAAGCUGAAUUUUUGAUUGUUUUGAUUGCCAAUGAUUUGCAAUGA